ACCCCCCCUGCCUCUAUGGCUCCCGCUGUGCUGAAGUCUCAGUCGAAGCCAUUGGUAAUUGGAUGGAGUGGUGGCAGUAUGAUCACGACCGGGGUGGCCUCGUUACUCAUGAAACACUGUUGAUUUGGAAAGAUCCUUAAGGAAGCAAUUGAUGACUCAGUUAUUUUUAUUGACUCUCAAAAUGCAUUGAAGUUUGAACCCAACGUUGAGAAGAAGUGACAACACACCAAGCAGCGGUCCCUUUUCACAAAAACAAGCAGCAUGAGGUUGUUAAAAUGUUACCAUCCAUAGCCUAUGUCAAACCUAUAUGUGUUGGUGUAGUAUUCAGGGGCCCUUGUAGUUUUUCUGAUACACCUUUCACCUGACAUAUCUCCUGAAGACUGAUGAGAACAAAGCUCUGAAGCCCGCUGCAGGAAGAGCUCAACAACAUGUUGAAGUUUAACCCAGAUUUUGCUGAGCAUUAUCUAAACUACUUGAACAGCAUGAGAGUCCAGGACAUCUUCCUUUCUGCCCACAGUCUCUUACAUUAUUUUGAUCGCCUCAUCUUGUCUGGAAAUGAGGGAAAUGAAGGCUAUGGUCGAAGUCUCUGCUAUGCUGCUCUUAACUUGGCGAGCCUGCACUGCAGCUUCGGCCACCAUCAGCAGGCUGACCUUGCUCUACAGGAGGCUAUCCGCAUUGCCCAGAAGUCCAAUGAUCAUGUGUGUUUGCAGCACUGCCUGAGUUGGCUCUACACACUGGAACAGAUGAAGGGAUCUGACAGCACUGUGUUAACUGAGGAUUCAGUGCCCACUUCUGCCUGCCAGUGAGUACAACCUGAGCUCUGAAAUAAGACUGCCUCAAUCCCUGA